AUGGCGGCGCAAGUGGCGGCGGCGGUGGUGCCGAAUGGGAGCCCGGGCGCUGUCCCCGCGGUGGUGUCGCCGGGAGCGGUCGGCGUCGGCGUCGGCGUGGCGCAGCCACUCCCGACCACGUCGCUCUACGUGGGCGACCUGGAGGGCUCCGUCUCGGACUCGCAGCUGUACGAGCUCUUCAGCCAGGCCGGGCAGGUGGUGUCGGUGCGCGUCUGCAGGGACGUCACCUCGCGCCGCUCGCUCGGAUACGCCUACGUCAACUUCAGCAACCCCUUGGAUGGUAUGGUUGCGAUCUCCUCCUGGGGUUUCCUUUCUAUCUUGUCGAUUCAGGGUGGGAGGAUUCGUCGACAUGUGGGCGUCGUUGGAUUGGGGCCUGAUCAGAUUGGGCUAGCUGCAAGAGCAUUGGAAGUGCUGAACUUCGCUCUUCUUAACAACAAGCCUAUCAGGGUGAUGUAUUCAAACCGUGACCCAAGCAGCCGUAGGAGUGGAUCUGCUAACAUUUUCAUAAAGAAUCUUGACAAGACAAUAGACAAUAAAACCCUUCAUGAGACCUUUUCUUCAUUUGGUACCAUUCUCUCAUGUAAGGUAGCCAUGGAUGAAGCAGGCCAAUCCAAAGGCUUUGGUUUUGUUCAGUAUGAAAAAGAAGAAGCUGCACAGAAUGCUAUAAAAAGUCUAAACGGGAUGCUUAUAAAUGAUAAGCCUGUUUUUGUUGGACCUUUUCUUCGCAAGCAAGAAAGAGAUCAUUCUUUUGACAAGACAAAAUUUAACAAUGUCUUUGUGAAAAAUUUGUCUGAGUCUACCACAAAGGAAGAUUUACUCAAAAUCUUUGGUGAAUAUGGGAGUAUUACAAGUGCUGUUGUAAUGAUUGGCAUGGAUGGUAAAUCAAGGUGCUUUGGUUUCAUCAAUUUUGAGAAUCCAGAUGCAGCUUCCCGUGCUGUUCAGGAACUUAAUGGUAAGAAGAUAAAUGACAAUGAGUGGUAUGUUGGAAGAGCUCAGAAGAAGUCAGAAAGAGAGAUGGAACUAAAAAGGACGUUUGAGCAAAGCUUGAAAGAUGCUGCUGACAAAUAUCAAGGACUGAACUUGUACCUCAAGAACUUGGAUGAUAGCAUUGGAGAUGAUCAACUUCGUGAGUUGUUCUCCAACUUUGGCAAAAUUACUUCGUACAAGGUGAUGCGUGACCAAAAUGGUCUCAGCAAAGGCUCUGGAUUUGUUGCUUUCUCAACUCGUGAGGAAGCAUCUCAGGCUUUAACUGAAAUGAAUGGCAAAAUGAUAUCUGGAAAACCAUUGUAUGUUGCAUUUGCACAGCGUAAAGAAGAUAGAAAAGCGAUGUUGCAGGCACAGUUUUCUCAGAUGCGCCCUGCUGUACCAAUGACACCCACUCUAGCCCCGCGCCUUCCAAUGUACCCUCCUAUGGCUCCUCAGCAACUCUUCUAUGGACAAGCGCCGCCAGCUAUGAUACCCCCUCAGCCAGGAUUUGGUUUCCAGCAACAGCUUGUUCCAGGCAUGAGGCCUGGUGGUCCCCAUAUGCCAAAUUAUUUUGUUCCGGUUGUCCAACAGGGCCAACAGGGUCCACGCCCAGGUAUGAGGCGUGGAGCUGGAGCCCAGGGCCAGCAACCUGUGCCACCAUUUCAACAGCAGAUUCUUCCGCGAGGACGGAUGUAUCGUUACCCAACUGGUCGCAACAUGCCUGAAGCUCCGGCGAUGCCAGGGGUUGCUGGAGGUAUGAUUCAGGCAUAUGAUAUGGGAGGCUUCCCUGUGAGAGAUGCAGCCUUAUCACCGGCCGCCCAAAUUGGGACUCUGACUUCUGCCCUUGCAAAUGCUAAUCCUGAGCAGCAAAGAACGAUACUUGGUGAAAACCUAUACCCACUGGUUGAGCAACUGGAACCAAACCAAGCAGCAAAGGUCACUGGAAUGCUUUUGGAGAUGGAUCAGACUGAGGUCCUCCACCUGCUCGAGUCCCCUGAUGCUCUCAAGUCCAAGGUUGCUGAGGCGAUGGAUGUUCUCCGCAAUGUGGCCCAUCAGCAAAACCCAAACACCCCGACCAGUCAGCUUGCCGCAUUAUCACUGACCGAAGGCAUUAUCUCCUAA